AUGAGAAUUGAAUGUAGAAAUAAAAUAAAAAUUUUAGAAUUUGAUCCAAAAGAGGAUAAUGAUAUUUAUGAAAGUUGUGAAGCUAAAGUUUCGAAAAUUGAAUUACAAUGUGAAGAAGCAUUUCAUGAAGAUAAUAAAAUAAAUAUUUAUUUUAUUAAUAUUGAAAUGAUUGCAACAUGUAAAUUAAUCUCGUCGGAAGAAUUAACGUCUUUCUCCUCUCAAAAUUUUGAAAAAAAUAAAAAUAAAGCAAAAUGUAUUGAAGAGAAUAAAUUAAAAGAAGAUUGUGAAAAUAUUCAAAGAUUUUUAGAAGCUCCAUUGGAUGAUGGGGUGCUAAAAAUUUCAAACUACUAUACAAAUCUAGGACAGCCAAGUCCAAACACUCCAACUUCAAAAGUCUCUCUACCAACAAUCACUAACAUUAAUUCCAACCCUAUAGAAAGUCAAGCAAAAACAUUUUAUUCUACCUCUUCACAAUCAAAUAAAUUAAUCCAUGACCAAUUAAAUCAACAUGGAAAUAAUUGGCAGCAAAUUUUACAGCAAAAUUCUUUGGGGGACUCUUCUUCUUGUUUAGGCCAAAUUGGCCAACAAUGUCAGCCAAAACCUUUUCCUCGAAUUCCUUCUUUCCAAGCUUCUUCAUCUCGCUCACACAACAAUUUUAGCACAGAUCAAAACCAACAAAAUAUAUUUCAUAAACAAAAUUCAUUCCAAGAAUCGUCUCACACAAUUAACAACCCUAUACAAGGACAACUAUUUGGGACAUCUUCCUCUUCCCAAAGAAUUCCUUCUGUUCAAAUACUUUCUUCAAGAAAAACAAAUAGCGAACCAAUAUUACACCUUCAACAAAUUAACCAACAACACCUUCAACAAAUUAACCAACAACACUCCCAACAACACCCCCAACAACAUUCUAUUAAUUACCCAAAUCAACAUCAACAACUCUUUACUUUAUCUAUUCCUACUCCCAAAAAUAUAUUUCCAACUAAACAACAAGCUAUUUACAAUUUUACAAACGAUUAUUUUGGAAGUAAUAGAACACCCAAUCAAAACUCACCUUUUAAUCAACAAAUUCCUUCGAGAGGGAGCACAACAAAUUUAUUUGCAAUGGGAAAUAAUCAUUAUGGAGGAUUGCCAUUAGAAUCGCCAACAAUGACUAUCAAUCAAAGAAAUAAUUUACAAUUAGAACAUCAAAUCCAAAACCCCCUCCAAAAUAAACGUCCACAAAGCAUUUCAAUAAGUUCUUCAACUAGCAAUAGUAAAAGUACCUCAACUGAUGGGGGGGAUAAAAACAAUAAGGAAAUGAUUGAAAAAAUUGUCUGUGAUUUACAAACAACAAUUCAAACAAUUAGACAUCAAAUAAACCAAAAUAAUGAGCUUUGUAAACACCUUACAGAAUUAAAAGAGAAAAGUUUACACCAAAAAACAUCACAAGAAGCAUUAAUAAAUCAGAAUGUAAACAUGAAUCGAAUGGCAGAACAUAAUACACAACACAAUUUAAUUGGAAACGUUGAGGAACAACAUUUACAACACUUUGAGGACCCAUUAUUAUUUCAUAAUGUUGGAGAACACCAUAACAAUAAUUUAUUUAAUAAUAUGGAAGAAUUACAACAGAGCAUAACAAGUAACGUUGAGGAACAACAUCUUCCUCAUCAACAAAACAUUGAAGAAAUAUUCGGAACAAGUUCAGAACCAAGCAUGUUAAACUUUGAAGAAGCAGCUCAACAGAAUAUCACGAGAAAAAGAAACGUAAACAGAAAAAGAAAAAAUUGA